UUCCAAAUACGAUCACCGUCACUCGUUUUUAUAUUUCCCUAGUGGGAAAAUGUACCAAAAAGCUUCUUCUUAUUACACAUCAGAAAAAUCUCUCUUUUCUUUCUCUCUCGUCCUCCCCCUCUACGUUUCCCUCUCAUUCCUUCACUGACUGCCUUUUACUUUGAUUCACCGGAACCCUAACUCGAUCCGCCGGAGAAUUCAAGAUUCCGUUUUGUGGUGCAGUAGAUGAACGUACGAUUACGGAGGAGUUGAGAUCAAACGGCCAGGGAUUUCUUCACCGGAUGGAGGGAGGUAGCGUCUCUAGACUUACUUGCUCUGGGAUACACUCAUGGAUUAUGAUGACAAUGAUUUCCAAAGCCAGAAUCUUCAUUUAGCUGGUGAAGGGAACAAUAAAUUUCCUCCUGUUUUGCGCCCAUAUGCUCUCCCAAGAUUUGAUUUUGAUGAGAACCUUCAUGGGCAUAUAAGAUUUGAUAGUUUGGUUGAAACUGAAGUUUUUCUCGGCAUUGAAAGUAGCGAAGAUACUCAGUGGAUUGAAGAUUUUUCACGGGGUAGUACUGGGAUUGCAUUUAGAUCAAGUGAAGCAGAACCUUGUUCGAUUUCUAGGCGCAACAAUGUCUGGUCUGAGGCAGCCUCCUCAGAAUCUGUUGAAAUGCUAUUAAAAUCCGUAGGACAGGACGAAAUUAUUCCUUGUCAAACUAAUAGUAAGGAUUCAGAUGCCUGUGAUGAACUGGGCUGCAUAAUAAAGCAGAUGGAGCCUAGUUUGAAACACGGAGAUAGUGGUUUUUCUAAAGGAGGGGAUGAUUUACAGCCUGCCUUACAGACAGGUGAGAUCCCAGGGAAAUUUUCUGAAUUGAAAGGUGAUGUAGAAGGAGAUCUUCUGGUUGAAGAUGUUUCUCAAACUCAUGAAUGUGACCCAUCUGUUGAUGGGGCAUUCAAAGAUCCAAUUACUGGAUAUACUGACUUGCCUAUGAUUGACAGAGAUGAGUAUAAAGAUGGUGAACAAAUUGUUGUUAAUGAAAAUCAAGUGGAAGCUUCAGUUGAUCAAUCUGUGGGUAACAGGGGACAGGAAGAUAAAUCUUCUUCUGGGUCACAAGUUGAUACUGUGAUUUCCUCUGUGCAAAACACAUGUGCAGGCCGUGCUUUGAUGGAUAGUCAAGAUAGCAAACAUUUGAAAAAUUAUAUAAUUGAUGAAAAUGUGGACAGUUUUGAGAGGGGAAAUGUUGAUUUGAGCCAACUAGUUCACAUUGAUGGUGAGAACUUGACUGAAAAUGCAGUUGCAAGUGUUAUCUCAGACUCAGAUUCACCCCAUGACAUGCAAUCUAAGGAAGAUGGACAUGCUAUUGAAAAUAGCACAGCUCCUGUAUGUGAGAAUAUUGAUAGGAUAUUGAAAGGGAAUUCUGACCUCCAUAUGGUGGAAGGGUGCAGUGAGGGCUUGGGUGUAGAAAUUCCUCUGCAGACUGGCAUAUUCAAAGACAUGUUCUUAUCUGAAGGAAAAUUACAUGAAAUAUCACCUAUGCCCUUCGUUGGUGAUAUUACCCUCAAGGAGCAUGAAACUGAGGUCAGUGAUACUGAUACUAGAAUUUGUACGAGUCUAGAGUCAAAGAUGGAUUCAAUGGCGCAGAUAGCAUGUGGUGCAGUUGAGAAGAAGCAUUUGUUAGAAAGUGAGUUCCACCCUGACACGAAAACCUUGAGCAGCAAGUCUGAGAAAUCUUUGUUGUUAGUGGGAGAUGGUAAAGGUUCUAAUGCUGAAGAUGAAGCUGAAGGUGCCCACGAUACUUUGGUAGCUGAACCCAUGAGAGUAUGUGAAGAGUAUAUAGUAACUGAACAUGAUGAUUAUAAAUGUGAUCACAGUGUUUCAGCUGCUGCAAAUCAGAACACCAAAUUGCCUUCUGAUUGUAGUAACAUAGAUUGUGGGGAUGCUGGAUCUCCACCUGUAAUAAAGGGAGUUGAUUCCUCAUCCUUUGGCACAGCUGGCACAGCAAAUGAGUUAGCUUCAAAUUUACAAUCUGAUGUUGCUGUCAGCAGCAAGUCAGUGGACUCUGUUCCUUUGCCAUGUGGUGAGGGUCUUCCUGCUGGUGCUGUUUUUGAUCAGAAAGAGCUUCAAGUGUCAUCUUCAGAAGCAAGUUUCUCAAUCAUGAAGACUUCUGGAAUGAAAACCCAAAAAGAUGCACCUUGUGAGACUGGUGGACAGUUCUCUUGUAAGAAAAUUGAUCAGUCUAUGUCAAUGGAGGAUACCUUCAAUGCUGAUGGCCUUCCUAGAGUCACACUGAAGGUUGUAAAGGAUAUGCAAACAUCGUCUGUUGUCUGUAAGUCAACACUGAGGGAGACUGAUGGUGCUGAAGCGCAAGUUAUUUCUCAAAGUGGUUCUUCUGUAGCUGCAGGUGAUCUUGGUUUACCUAGUGCUGUAUCAAUUCAAGAGAACAAGAAGACAUCGACAAAUUUAGUGCCUUCAACUUCAAAUGAGUGUGACCCCAAACUAGUUUGUGAAGAGAAGAUCAGUGGUCAUGUUGACAUUGAUCUUGCAAAGACUCAUAAUAGUUCCUUUAUUUCUGCGCCUUCAUCUGAAUCUCAAACUAAGUUUCACAUGAUGGAAAGUGGAAGUAGUAGUGCUGAUAUUGACAAUCCUUCCUGUGGCUCUCCAAUUGUCAUUAGAACUUCCAAGCAGUCACAAAGUAAAAUUGAAAAGGAGGGUGUGAAAGGAUCCAAAGAUCAGAGUUCUUCAGUGUCUGGGGUCAUAAAUGGGGAAGCAAACAAAGAGCAGUCUAUUUCUCAGGAUACAAAAGGAAAUUAUGCAUCUCCAGGAGACAGAAGUUUCACCUUUGAGGUGCCUCCAUUGCCAGAUUUGUCUGCAAAAGAAGCUGGCAAGAAUUGGCAACCCUUUUCUACCAUGCAACAUGACCAAAUAUCCUCGAAGGUCGUGGAGGGAACUCCAUCAACCUCUGGCUCAAGCAAAGUGGGUGCCAAGGCUGCUCAAGAGGUAAGUCAUGCAAAUCUUCUGGCGUCUGAGAGGGAGAAUGUGCGUGGUGGCUCCAAAGGAACUCCUGAGCGUAAAACAAGGCGAGCAGGUGGUAAGAGCACAGGAAAGGAAGCUGCUAAAAAGGGACUUGCUGCCAAAGAAACGACUCCUGCAAGACAUUCUGAAAGAAGUGAUAAAACAAGUAAUCUGUCGCUCAGUUCAGCUGGGAUUGGCCAGGUCAUGCAAUCUAAUGAGAUGCAGCACUAUGGACACAUGGAAGGUGGUAAUAUGAAACAAUUUGGUGUUCUUUCUACUUCAGUAUCUAGUCUGCCAGACUUGAACACCUCAGCUUCUUCAUCUGCAGUUUUUCACCAGCCUUUCACAGAUUUACAACAAGUUCAAUUACGUGCUCAGAUUUUUGUUUAUGGAGCUCUGAUUCAAGGAACAGCACCAGAUGAGGCAUUUAUGAUAUCGGCAUUUGGAGGACCUGAUGGUGGCAGAACCAUAUGGGAGAAUGCCUGGCGUGCAUGUAUAGACAGGGUGCAUGGUCAAAAAUCUCAUCUUGUUACCCCUGAAACUCCAUUGCAGACACGUAUAGGUGCUAAAACUUCUGAUCAAUCACUCAAACAAAAUGCACUUCAGAGUAAGGUUACAUCAUCACCUGCUAGUCGGUCCACCAGCAAGGGUACUCCAACAACAAUUGUAAACCCAAUGAUCCCACUUUCAUCGCCAUUGUGGAGUAUUCCCACACCUUCUGGUGAUUCUCUUCAACCUAGUGGCAUUCUGAGAGGUGCAGUUAUGGAUUAUCAGCAGGCACUUUCUUCAUUGCAUCCUCCACCUAUAAGGAAUUUUGUUGGACAUAGUGCUCCUUGGAUGUCCCAAUCCCCUUUUCGUGGCCCCUGGGUUCCACAGACACCUGCAUUUGAUGGCAAUGCUCAUUUUCCUGUGCUUCCUAUCACAGAAACAGUUAAUUUGACUCCUGUGAGAGAAGCAUCUGUGCCUCAUUCUUCUGGCAUGAAGCAGGUUUCCACAGCUCCUAUGGUCCAAAGUGGGAGUCCUGCUAAUGUUUUUGCAGGGACUACCCUGCUCGACACAAAAAAGGAAACAGUAACACCUGGUCCGCGUUCUGCUAAUCCGAAGCCAAGAAAAAGAAAAAAGUCUACGGUUUCUGAGGACCCUGGACAGAUUAUACUGCAUUCUCAAACAGAGUCCUGUUUGGCUACUGUUGUGACUAGUCAUACAUCUACAUCUGCUGCCAUUGCAAUACCUGCUACCAUUAUUUCCAAGUCAUCCACAGAUAAAUUCAUUACAUCUGUCUCAGCUGAUCAUCUCAAAAAGGGUGACCGAGAUUUAGAUCAUAGGGCUACCCUGUCUGAAGAGGCCCUUAGUAAACUCAAGGAGGCUCAGAAGCAGGCUGAGGAUGCUGCUGUUCUUGCUGCUGCUGCUGUUAGUCACAGUCAAGAAAUAUGGAACCAAUUGGACAAGCACAAAAAUUCUGGGCUGGCACCAGAUAUUGAAACUAAAUUGACUUCUGCAGCUGUUGCAAUAGCAGCAGCUGCUGCUGUUGCAAAGGCUGCAGCUGCGGCUGCUAAUGUUGCCUCAAAUGCUGCCUUUCAAGCAAAAUUGAUGGCUGAUGAAGCAUUGGUUUCAAGUGGCUACAGAAAUUCUAUACCAACUAAUGCUAUCUCUUCUGAUGGUGUGAAGAAGCUUGGCAAGGCUACUCAUGUAUCCAUCUUGAGUGUUGAAGAUGCUACUACUAGUUCGAAUUCUGUUAUCGUUGCUGCAAGGGAAGCUGCUAGAAGGAGGGUAGAAGCUGCCUCAGCUGCUUCAAAGCAAGCUGAAAACAUGGAUGCCAUUGUUAAAGCUGCUGAGCUGGCAGCUGAAGCAGUAUCACAUGUUGGAAAGAUUGUUGCUAUGGGUGAGGCUUUCCCAUUGACUGAAUUGUUAGAGACUGGUCCAGAAGCAUAUUGGAAAGUACCCCAAGCAUCUGCUGAGCCAGAUGGUGCUAUCAAAGAAUGCAUAGACAAAUGUGGUAGUGAUUUUCCUGGUUCAUCUGCCAAGCAUCCAAAAGAGGUUCCAGUAGACAAGAGGGAAAAGCAGAGUGAUAACCAUGGAAUGUCACCUACUCUUAGGGAGAUGACCAGGGAGUCUAUGGAGGAUCGUUCUAGGUUGACCGAUGGCAUUUUGGGUGCUGCUGCAAUAAGUGGAAAGAAAAAGAAAGGACAAAAGGGCCGCAAAGCUUCAGAUAUCGUCAAAACAAAGGGAGUCGCUUCUGAGUCUGAGAUUGGGUCUGGAUCUCCUUCCUUGAUCACUCAGACUGAACAAGAAAAUUCAGGGGAAACUUUAAAGGAUAACAAUAUAAGGGAGGGUUCCCGUGUUGAGGUAUUGAGAGAUGGAGGUGGCUUGAAAGUAGCAUGGUUCCUGGCUGAUAUUAUUAAUUUGAAAGAUGGCAAAGCUUAUGUGUGUUACAAUGAACUUCGAUCAGAGGAUGGUGAUAGGCUAAAGGAAUGGGUGGAACUUGAAGCUGAAGGGGAUAGAGCACCCAGGAUACGCCGUGCUCGUCCUAUUACGGCCAUGCCAUUUGAAGGAACGAGGAAGAGACGCAGGGCAGCCAUGGGGGAAUAUAACUGGUCUGUUGGAGAUAGGGUUGAUGCAUGGGUGCAAGAUAGCUGGUGGGAGGGGGUUGUCACAGAGAAGAGCAAGAAAGAUGAAACUUCAUUUACUGUCAAUUUUCCUGCACAAGGAGAAACAUCUGUUUACAAAUCAUGGCUCCUUCGUCCUUCUCUGAUAUGGAAGAAUGGUAGUUGGGUUGAGUGGUCCACUUCUCGGGAUAAUAAUGGCUCCUCCCAGGAGGGUGACACCCCACAGGAAAAGCGACCAAGGAUAGGUGGUCCUGUGGUUGAGACCAAAGGGAAAGAUAAGCUUUCAAAAAGGGUUGACAUUAAGGAAUCUGGGACAACUGAUGACACAAGAUUGAUGAAUUUUUCUGCGAGUGAAAAAAUAUUUAAUAUCGGUAAAAGCACCAGUGAUGAGAUUAAGCCUGCUUCACUCAGAAUGAUACGUACUGGUUUAAAGAAGGAAGGAUCAAGAGUGAUUUUUGGUGUUCCUAAGCCAGGAAAGAAGAGAAAGUUUAUGGAAGUAAGCAAACAUUACGUUGCAGAUCAGAGAAGUAAGACUCAUGAAACAAGUGAUUCAGCUAAGUUUACAAAUUUUUUUAUGCCUCAAGGAUCUGAGCUCCAUGGAACAAAAAGUAAAAUUGAACCAAAGGGAAAACGAAUGGCUGUAUCCAAACCUAAGGUUCUCAAGUCCGGAAAACCUCCUAGUAUUUCUAGUAGAACUAUCCCUCAGGACAACUUGUCAAACACUGUGGUUUCGGAACCUGAUGAUAAUGUGGCUGCAGAUGUGUCAAAAUUCAAGGAUUCUUUAAGCCAUGCUGAGAAUAUAUCGGGAAAGGAGUUUAGAUCAUUUUCAAGUUCUGAUGGAGCAUCUGAGGGCCCUGUCUUAUUUUCUUCUGUGGCUUUCUCAUCAGAUGCUCCCCCCAAGAAAAUUUCUACAUCAAAUGCUAAAUCAGAACGGAUUAGUAAAGGAAAACUUGCAGCAGCUGCUGGGAAGUUAGCUAAAAUUGAGGAGGAAAAAGCUUUCAAUGGCAAUUCAAUGAAAACAAUCUCUGAAGUUGUUGAACCUCGCAGAUCUAUUCGGAGGAUUCAGCCAACAUCAAGACUAUUGGAAGGGCUGCAAAGCUCGUUGAUUAUCUCGAAAAUUCCUUCUGUUUCGCACGACAAAAGUCACAAAACUCAAAGCAGGAGUACUAGAGGAAAUAACCAAGGUUGAGUGGAGCUCUUUUGGGACUAUGGAAUCCAGUCUAAAGAAAUUCAGGGAUUAUUGGAUAUGACCAACAUAGACGAGUUUAGGUUGUGUAAAUUCUGAUAGAGAGAAAGCUUAGGAACGAACAUUGCUUUUUUGGCUUUUGAGAUGUAGCAGUAGAUAUUUAUACUGAUUUUUAGUUUUUUUUACAAUUACAUUAAUGUGAUCUCUCUCUCUCUCUCUAGGCCAUACCCUGUCUAGCUUUGUAUAUGGAACGUACGUCUCAAUGUCGUUUGGCUUAUUGCGAGUGAUCAAGACCCAAUUGCAUCAUGGCUAGUUUAAGUGCAAAGCAU